CGAGGACGCGUUCUGCAAACAGCUUCACCAGCCCCGGCGCCAGCCUCCCCCGCGAGGCCAAGUGCGCUCCGGCCCGGGCACGAGGACCGCGGGGGAGGCUGGGGCUCCUCCCGCGGACAACACGCGGAGCCCUGCAAUCCGGGUCGGCUCUGAGUCACCCGCCGGAAGCCUCGCCCGAGAUCUCAGCGGCCGGGAAGCGCGCAGCCGGCCAGAGGAGCAGCCGCAGCAGGAGCAGGAACGGCCCAGGUUCCACUCUGGUUGAAGUCCAGCCCUCUCAAAGGCUUAAUAGACACCUGAGGUUGGGGCACCGAGAGCCAGCGGGGGAAAGAAUCAUUCGGUUCUCCUGUUCCAGCUCCUGCCUCUUCACCGCUGUGACCUGGGACCCGCCCCGGAGGUGCUCUUGCGACCUUUCCUGAUGGAUGAUCUCUGUGAAGCCAAUGGCAGUUUUGCCAUCAACUUAUUAAAAAUGUUGGGUAAAGAGGACAGCUCGCGAAACGUGUUCUGCUCCCCUCUGAGCAUCUCGUCUGCCCUGGCCAUGGUCUUCAUGGGGGCCAAAGGAAACACUGCCACCCAGAUGUCCCAGGCUCUUUGUUUGAACGGAAGUGGAGAUAUUCACCAAGGUUUCCAGGCACUUCUCACGGAGGUGAACAAACCUGGCACCCAGUACGUGCUCAGAACCGCCAACAGACUGUUUGGAGAGAAGACGUGUGACUUCUUUCCAGCCUUUAGGGAGUCCUGCGAGAAGUUCUACCAGGCACAACUGGAGGAGUUGUCCUUCGCAGAGGACACCGAAGAAUGCAGGAGACACAUAAACGCCUGGGUGACAGAAAAGACCGAAGGUAAGAUUUCAGAGAUACUGGGUCCUGGGACAGUUGACCCACUGACGAAGCUGGUUCUCGUGAAUGCCAUCUAUUUCAAAGGAAAGUGGAACGAGCAAUUUGACAGAAAGCACACAAGGGGAAUGCCCUUUAAAACCAACCAGGAGAAAAAGACCGUGCAGAUGAUGUUUAAGCAAGCUAAAUUUAGAAUGGGCUAUGUGGACGAGGUGCCCAUGCAGGUCCUGGAGCUGCCCUACGCGGGGAAGGAGAUGUGCCUGGUCGUUCUGCUGCCAGAUGACAACACCGAUCUCGCCGUGGUGGAAGAAACACUUACAUACGAGAAGUUCAGGGCCUGGACAAAUCCGGAAAAGAUGACUGAGGAAAAAGUUCAGGUUUUCCUUCCCCGAUUGAAGCUGGCGGAGAGUUACGACUUGGAGUCUUUUCUUCGAGGUUUAGGUAUGACCGAUGCGUUUGAGGAAGCCAAGGCAGACUUUUCGGGAAUGUCAGCAAAGAAGAAUGUGCCUGUGUCCAAGGUCGCGCACAAGUGCUUCGUAGAGGUCAAUGAGGAGGGCACAGAGGCGGCCGCGGCCACGGCCGUGGUCAGGAAUGCCCGGUGCUGCAGAAUCGAACCAAGAUUUUGUGCAGACCACCCUUUCCUUUUCUUCAUCACCCACCAUGGCACCAACAGCAUCUUGUUCUGCGGCCGGUUCUCUUCUCCGUAAGGAGGGGCGGUUCCCGUGUGCACACGUCUUCCCUUCUGCCCACCUGGCUUUAAGCAGAUUCCUUGUGACCCAAUUGGUACGGUGCUGUGAAUGCCAAAAUAAAGUGCGUGCACCCGGGAAGUGUGUGAACGUCCUUACCGAAUAUUCCCCAGUCACUGGGAAAACUGAGGCGUCAGGUGUGUGACAUUUGGGGCUGAGAAGGCCAUGCUUAUUCUGGAGGGUUCGGGGAGCUCCUCUUCCUCAGUGACUCUGCCCACAUCUGCUUAUCGGAGGAUGGCCCGCUCCUCUCAGUCUGCUCUCGCUGUUUGUGGGUGUUAAGGAUUCCCAAACCAGCCCUCCGUACGCUUUCCUGUCCUUCAGUGACCUCGAAGCUCUGCCCACCUUCGCUGCCGGGCCCACGUGGAGAUGCCAGGGCCCAGCCCCGCUGCACACACAGCCAGGGGCCAACACCACAGAGGAAACCCUGCAGCCAGCCAGUCUCAGAUAAGCAGCCGAGAUGAAGUGUCUCUCCCCCAACGUCGCACAGACCACCCUGUGGUCUCGCACAGUCCCUCACGAAGGCAACACCUUCAGAUCUUCUUGCCAUAACCCUUCAGGCCUGAGCUCGGAGGCAGAGCUCUGACUGUGCCGUGUGGUCCUCUCCGUUCUGAAGCACCGUCGCUGCCUCUCCCUGCCCCACAGGGACCUUCGCAGGAAGCACCUGCCAGGAGCAGAGUCCCUCUAGUUCAUCACCUGUGCUCACAUGUGUCUCCAGCACAUCUAGCUUACAAACGGGCCUCCUGCAGUAUUCUUUUGACUCAAAAAAUAAAUUUGUAUUAUGGUAGCAAUUUGGAAGCUGUUGAAAAGUCCCAAAGAAAACUGGAGUCACCCAUAAUCACCACUGUUAAAUCAGCACUGUUAAAUCAUGAUGAGUGACAUAUAUCCUUCCCUGUUCUGUGUAUGCAAAUGCAAAUUUAGAAACGUCUUAGCACAAGUUAAUCAUCUGCUUUGGUAGCUGUUCCUACCCUUACUUGGUAUAAACUUUCCUCAAGAUAA